UGUAACUAAACCAAACACACGGGUUCCUCCUGCAUGUUUUUCUCCUAUAAAUACUUGAAAAUCACUUAACCUAAAAUAUCAUUCAAACUUCAAACCUAAAAUAUUUUGGUCAAAGAAGGUUGAGAUCAAUAUCCUCCAGUAUUCUGAUCCAAUUUCUGUAAUAUCAUCAAUGGCUUUAUCCAAAGAAACUAUGUCGAAGUGCUCAGGACACAUGAGUGCUUACAAAUCCGCUUGUGAAGACCACCCAUACCUCAAAUCCUUUGAUGCUUCGCUUCAGCAGAAAACCAUCAAAGUGAUAGACUCGCUUACCGCUGGACCCGAUGAUGGGUUGUUGUCCCAACACGCAGUACACAAGGAGGUCACCGACCACCUACUUCAAGUUAGCCAAGAUGUAGCAAACUUCAUUUUUGAAAGCAAAGACGAUGUGUGGGAGAACAAAGCUCUAAGAGCUUUGGUCACUGCCUAUUUUGAAAAUACCAUGAAGACGUUAGAGAUCUUCGAUAAUGUAAUGGAAUGCGUGGUGAAAGCAAAAAGGGGCCAACUCUACAUUCAAGAGGCCGUGGCACAGUUUGACAAAGAGUCGGCAGAAAAGGACGUUGGUGGAAAGAAGAAGAGGUAUGAAAAAACCUUGAAGGAUCUGAAGAGGUUUGAAGCCAUAGGAGAUCCUUUUGACGGCCAAGGGUUCAAAACUCAGUUUGAGUUGAUCAAAGAGCAGCAGGAAUCGCUUCUGAAGGAACUGUGUGUGGCUAAAGAAAAGCUUGAUGAGGAACUGCGUGAGGCUAAAAAAAAGCUUGAAGAGGAACAACAAACGAGUCUAAUUUGGAAUGUGGUUUUCGGUGCUGCAAUUGCGCUUGCUGCCAUCGCAUCAAUAGCUGUAAUGGCUGUAGCCGUAGGUGUGGCUGCGCCCUUUGUGGCUCUAGCAGUACCAUUUCUUGCGUUGGGAUGGGUAGGCGUCAACUUUUACAUGGAGAAAAAGAUGGAGGGUCAGAAGAAAAGGGAGGAAGAUGUGAACAAACAAAUUGGUGUAGCAAGUUUGGCGGAUAAGGCAACGGAAACAAACAAAGAAGCGAUGAAGUCCGUAUCUGUACUAGUCCACGAGCUAAGAGUAAAGAUCUCGGAUAUUUUGAAGUUAGUGACUGAAGCUGUUGAGGAUGAAGAGGAAGAAGAUGAUGAGCUGGAAAUGAAAGGUCACCUGCACCUUAUCGGGGAGGAAGUAAGGAAAUUAACAGAGAAAAUCAAGCAGGUUGGUGAAACUGUGUCUACGCAUAGCGAAAUGAUCAUGGAGACGAGGCGUCACGUUCUCGAAAAGAUCAACGGUUCUGGAAAAUAUCAUGACGGUUAAACUAUCGCGAUAUUUUGUUGUUCAAGAGUCAAUUUCAAUAUUUCUAUGUUUUAAUAAUUGGGUUUACAGCCCAGUACGUGUUUUAUUUUACUUUUAAAAGUUGACCAUCCGAGAGGAUUAUGGUUGAUAUGUACCUCUCUCUAUGAGUUAUAUCAUCAAUCCAAUUCAAAUCCCGUGAAAUGUAUGUUUUCUAUGGGGGAAAGUUACAUCUUUA